AAUCCUGGUGACCACAACCCAGGCAUGCAUAUAUACCAGAGUUGUUCCGUGCUGCUUAAUCUGCAUUCCCUAAGAAUUAAACUUUCAAGUGUAUUUUCUGUUUCCUCCGCCCUCCUGUUCCUACAUCCUGAGUGUAUCUGCAGUGUUACAGAACAAGCCCCUGAGAGCCUGGAAGUAGUAUCACUGACGGAAACUGCUAUUGCUGGCUCUGCUUCCUCUGCUCAGCCCAGCCCUAAGCUGGACCUGUGCACUGCAGCUGAAUCUAUGGGCAUGUCUGCAGAGGAGGACGAUUCCACCAGAUCCAAAGACCGGGAAUGGCCAGAAGUGGAGAAGGGAAAAUUAGCAAGAGGAGCUGCCUUAAAAUGGGCAUCUGGGGUCUUUUACCGACCUGACAAAUUGGAGGGCCUUGAGGAGUAUCGGAUCCGAGAGAUACAACGCAAGUUCCAUCCAUCCCGUAUAAAGUCAACUGUGCAGUCCUACCUAGAGGGUGUGAGCACAGGCCUGGAGCAGUUGCACACAGCCACUGCAGAUGUUCGACAUGUGCGGCAAGCAUUGAGAAACAUACACCAGUCCUUGGCAUCCAGCACCGACUCUUUUCAGAGUCUGCAGCGACUACGGGUGGCACUGGAACAUGCCCAGCUGGGUUCAGUUGCCCAGACAUUGCCCCAACUUUUCUCAGUACACAAACUCCUUUCCGAGACCUUUGACCUCCUGCAGAGUCACCACCUUCUGGAAGCCCACACAGGAUUCAUGGACCUAGAGAGUUUACGGGACAGCAUCCUGUUCCAGCUGCAUCACCACAACCUACUCAACCCCUCACACCUGGCCAGUGUAGAGUCCUACUUCAGGGGCCUCCUGGAACUAAAUGAUGCCCUUGCCCAGCACCUGUGGCACGUUGUGGCCCACAGCACAAGACUGGUGUCUGAGGACCCCUCCCUCUUUGUCUCCACGCUACGCAUUAUUGAGCGUGAGGAGAGCAUUGAUGCUGCCCUGCUGCUGAGGUCUCAGCUUCCUUCUGGCUUCCUCCCGCCAGGGCGCCCCAAGUGCUGGAGGCAGAAGUUCUUCCAGGUUAUACAGGACACCAUAGUCGCUUCCCACUUCCAGGCCAUGCCAAGCAAUGCCCAAGGCCAGCACCUCACUCAGCAUUUGGAGUCCUUGCAGAGCAGCAUCCUGGCCGAACUGUGUGUCGUGAAAGACCUGAUGGCCCAGUGCUGCCCGCCUCACUACAAUAUCGUCGCAGCCUUUGCUGCCAUGUAUCAUCAAGGCCUUGCCAAACACCUGCAUCACAUCCUCACUCGGGAGCUGGAGAAGCAGGAGGUCUUUACUCUUCUCCAGUGGGCACUCCAUGUCUACCCAAGCUCAGAAAUGAUGAACCACCCAAGCCUUCUACCUGAAGUGGACAUCACAGUCUUGGGUCCUCUGCUUCCUGUGGAUACAGUAGACUAUUUGGAGGGAACCUAUGUGGGGAAAGUACAGGCCAGCUUUGCUCAGUGGAUGCAGAAGACGCUGGAGAUGGAGUUUAAAGAGUGGUUCAGUGAAGAGGAGCCCGAAUCAGACUAUCAAGGCUGCUUCCAGACCAGCCUUCCCAUGAUUGUCAUGAAGAUGCUGGAUGAAAAUAUCCGAGUGGCAUCCCUCAUCUCAGAUACUCUGCAGCAGAAGUUGUGCAGCAUGGCCCUGGAGGAGCUUGAGGUCUUUCUGGGCAGCCUGUAUGAAGACCUGGUGGGAUUUGGCAAGGAGCAUCAACGAGAGCCUGCAACCUCCAAGUGCUAUGUGCCUUACUUGCUAUCAACCCUCAACAACUGCCAGGCUCUCAGCACCUCCAUUGCAGCCCUGUGUGAAGGCAGAUCAACACCCUCGGAGGCCAGCAAGAUGUCAUCAACCCUUCAUGUUGCCCUGGACAAAGCCCAGAAGAAGGCAUGCCAACUGCUGCUGGAGGAGAUGCUGGCAGAUCUGCAGCCUCCGUUUGCCCAGAUGCCCUCCCGUCAAUGGCUGUCUGGUGAAUCCCAGGUGCUGAGCAGCAUAUGCGAGGUGGUGGACAUGCACAUGAAAUUAUUCUGCAGAACUCAUAAGCCAAUCAGCAUGCACCUCCUGUCAGAGACUGAGCGCUUGGUCAUGAGCCAGUACGUGAGGGCUCUCUUGCAGAAAAGGCUAGUGUGCCGGAAUGCUGAGGAGAGAAGCCGGAUGGCCAGGCAAAUGAUGCAAGACGCCUCCCAGCUGAAGGAGCUCUUUUGCAGCCUGGGCCUGGAGGAGAAUGAACAGACUCUCAGAGUGAUUGCUGACCUGCAGGAGCUCGUCAGUCUCAAGGACCCCUCCAUGCUGAGCCUGGAAGUACUGGGAUUUGUGACAAAAUAUCCUGAUAUCAGCGAAGACCACGUUUCCAUGCUCCUCCACUUGCGUGGCGACAUCUCUAAAGAAAUCCACAACAACGUGCUGGAGAUCAUGGUGCAGAAUCCUCAAGUACUGCCUGAGAACUAUCAUCCUGUUUUUAGCAACAUUUUUGUUCCAGCUCCGGAGCCACCCUUCUGCCUUGGGAAGUCCAAAUGUGCCUGAUACGUCUACAUAUGCUGUCAGGCUGCCCAUCUCUACAGCUGCAUUGCUAACUUUGCUAGGAUGGUAGCUGGUAACCUCUGGCAAGAUGGAACUUGAGUGGGGAUUGAGCCUGUUGGUUGUUGUUGUUUCUUACAUUCCAGCGAUCCAAAACACAUGGUGCCAUUUGGGGGGGGGGCAG